AUGGGGGACUCAAGCGUUGACCCUGAUCACCAUAGGCAUUCCUCGCCAUACGAGUUGUUCGGGCACGUCGGUGCAAUCAUCAUAGCAUCAUUUGCGUCCUCGACCAGCACCUCAUGGGAGAACGCUCGAGCUCUGUUGGUGCCUCUCCUCGCGAUCCUUCUAAUCUUCCUCCUGCUGGUCAUUUGUUGCCUGACGAGCCUCGUGUUGAGGGAGGCAGGCCUGAUCAGGAAGGCCAGAAAAGAAGACGACGCGAGGCAGCCGGCGCUGUCGGAGAGCGACAAGGUGGUCUUCGCGGAGAUGGACGCAGACGGCGACGGGGUCAUCCGACCGCCCAAUCCUGGUGCCCCGCGGGACCAGGGGCCGCGAGACCGCACGGGGCGGCUCGGCGGGGGCUCCCUCGAGGGGAUCCCUGGGGAGCCCCCUGAAGUCGGCUAUGCCUCGGGGCCGCCCCCCCGUGCGAUCCGCACGGGGCAGUAGACCCA